GAGUCCAUGAUGACGUCACCGUAGUCCCGCUCUGACGUCGACACUGAGAAGUAAGUAGAUCACAAAAAGAGGUGGCAAAAUCAACCGCAGAAAAAAGAUGGCGACCGCUACAAAAAGAUGAAGGAGCUGAAGAAAGGCGACCACGUCCACGGCUAUCGCGUCCUCUCUCAAAUCGGCCGUGGAAAAUUCUCUGUCGUCUAUCAAGCAAAGGCUCUGGAACAGCGGCAUUCAGGAUCGAAAGGUACUACGACAUUGUGAGCUGCACGCGAGGACCCAUAGCUAAGCCAAGGCAUCUUUAUCUUGACCUCUACUUCAACAACGCUGCUGCUGCUCAGUCUUUCAUCUUGAGGGGUAAUCUAAUCCACGACGUCUUCAAUUCAGAUAUAGUCGCCCUAAAGCGUAUUAGAGACGGCGCUCGUUGUCGUGGUGAAGUCGAGAUGCUGAACAGCCUUCCCGUGCACGAAAACGUGGUGUAUCUACGGGACAACUUCUCGAGUGCUCGAGACGGGACACUCGAUAUGGUUGUGGAUUUCUGCGCUCUGGGCGACUUAAAGCGGUGGCUACGACGUGCGCAACAGAAGGAGUACUUCUUUCUGGAAGUGGGCAUUUGGUAUCACAUUUUGCAGAUCGCAUCAGGCUUAGCGCACAUUCAUCGGCACAGCAUUCUGCAUCGAGACCUGAAGCCUGCGAACGUGUUUUUAGACACUCUAGGGGUUUGCAAGAUAGGCGACUUAGGGUUAGGGAAAGCUUUUAACGAUAAUGUUGCGGAUGCAGGACGAGAGAAUGUGGAGGAACAACUUCUUCAACAGGCGGGCGAAGAACGAGAAGGGGAGCUCAGUCUAGACGAUGUUGCAAGUCGUGCAACCAUAGUUCAACGUGCAGCUUCGAAACCCAUCACAAUGGCUGCCUAUUCGAAAGUAGGAACUCCUCUGUACAUGGCUCCGGAGAUGCUUAGGGGCCUCAAUGGCUACGACCAUCGAGCUGACCUGUGGAGUUUCGGAUGUAUCAUCUACGAACUGCUGACACUAAGAAGCCCCUUCAGGGAUAGCGAUGCGGUAGAUAGCGGAGGAGGUGGAGGGGAUAGUAAUUUUGUUAAGGACGAGCAAGUCUGUUCACGACAUGAACCUCGUAUCAAGCAGUUACAUCUUCUACUGCUCACUUUUAGUUGUAAGUCUAAGUGACUGUUCAAGAUGAAUUCACAAGUCAAAUAUUGGACUCUCUAACCCACCUCCGUCCCUCUGGUCCCUCUUCCAGCGGAUCCAGGCUGGAAAAUACACGCCAUUACAGCCUGAUAGCGCACAUCCUGAAGUCAGGUCCAUAGUCCAUUCCCUUUUGCAGGUUGAUGUGUAUGCUUCCGGUAUUUGGUAUAGUCUGAAUUUGAUCACAAGGAUUCUCGUCUUGUUUUCCUUAUGAAUAUGAUCGAAAUCAGGCUAUACCAAAAAUACCAGAACCAUUCAUGAUGUGAGCCAGAGACUGGGCAAUGCUUUUGACAUCUGUAACCGUUUACGUUGUGGAAUCUUCGAUCGGCAGGAGAACUCGGAGUUGCUACAGCUGUUUUCGCGUACGAAAGCAGAGUACAAUCACCAUCCUGUAUUGGUGUCGCGUGCGGCGGCAGACAAAUUGGGUGCGCUUGAUCCGAGAAAUAGUGUCAACUACUACGGGCGGAUGAAUGGAAGUUCCUCUGGACGAACUCGAAGAGCAUCACCGGACGACCAAGGCACGUGGGCUACAUGUACAUCCAUAUCAGGAGCCACAAAAGCAGAAUCGGCAAGAACAAUGGGCUCUUUGGUUGACAACAGCGAGACAAGGACAACACCCAUACUAGAACGCGGCAGUAAUCAUCGCCAACACAGAGCCACCACAUCGACCUCAACACCCCAGCAGCAAAGUGCGAGUCGCCUACGAGAGAAAAACGAAGAAGAAGACGACAACUCCUACACAGGUGAUCAGACUGAAGUUCCUGGUCCUAGAAAAAAAAUGCGUCUCAUGAAUGAAGUAGCUCCUGCUGUUGAUUUAGAUGCACCACGCCACAGCCACCAGCGCCUCCACAGUACUGCGACUAACCGGCGUCUUCUCCAAAACAUAGGAGACAUUAAGACAUCGCAAAUGGUGAAAAAUACCAUGCUCUUGAGUGGUAUUGUGCCGUCAAGGAGCUCUGCGUCUGAGAGAGAAGAUCCUAGUACGCAGCUGAGUAGGGACCACGCAGCUGGAGGAGGAGGUGGACCACCUUUUUUGGACCUGGCACCACCGAUUUUAGUUUCGGAAGAGCUUGCUGACAAGCUCAAAUUGCUUCAAGAGGCUGCAUCGACUAACCAAGAGGCCGCUGCAUGUCCUCGGAGAAAUUUUCACCGCUUGCAGUUCUUACUAGGAGAUGCAGAGUUGGAGUUCUGCACCAGUAUGCCAGAACAAGAAGGACCACAGGUCGAUAUGAAUAAUCGCAGUCCUCGCCUGCAGCUGCACAAAGCAGAAAAACAACAUAUCGAAGGUAACGAAGCUGAUAACACGGCAUCGACCAAGAAACUACCUUCCUCGACAACCGAUGUGGAGCCACUCGAUCUUCUCUUGCGAGAUGUUGUGAACUCUUCGAUGAAUCUCAACGAGUGCAUCGUUUUUGACCCAAGACACUUUGGCAGUAAACUUGCGUCGACGGGGGCCGUGGCUGCAUCACCUAGUCAGUCUCGAGCAGGGGAUGAAGACGGUCCGCUUCGCGCGUCGCCUUCUUUGAUAGAUGAUCAUGACACGACAAGUCCUCGCUUGUGUCUAGUGCCGAUGAAGGAGGCGAUGCCGAAUAAUAGGAGACACGACUCGCAGCAUUCCCCGGAGAUAGAAAAUAGAGAACCGCUGACGCGCAAACAACUUUGGGAGAGCAAUGAAGAGCGCCAAUUUGAGCUUGCUACAGGUGUCGUGCUUUGGCUUGUGGGAGAAGUGCUACGGUCAUCUCCGCAUCAUCGUGUGGAAGAUCCUCACGAGCCAGACCUUCUGCAGCACAUUGAGGCUCAAAACCUCGAUGACGAAUUGCAGGCCUGUGUGGAGGACUCUAGAUCAGUGCGUAGAAGUGAUAGAGGACCACCUGCAAUCUUCAGAACAACAAGUUGUUUUACAUCCACCUCAACUUCGACAUCAAAGAAGAAAGACUGUUUUCUUUCCCGCAUCACGACCUUCAUCUUCGACAAAGUGGCUCCACAAGUGGAUUAAGGGUAGGUUAAAGGUGCUUUUCUUACCGCUUUUUAUGCCUCUCCUAAGGGAGAAAGGCAUAAAAAGCGGGGUAAGCAAGCACCAAAAACCUACCUCUAAGUGGAGACGAAACUUGAAAGAAGCGCCGCUAGCAAUGUCGACUUACGUCUCUGCUUCCGCACCAACCUUGCUCGCGGACACGGAGAGUGGCUCGUUCGAGUGAUGAAUGAACUAGCUACUGUUGCACUUGUGAACCAGGAUUUUCGAUUUGGAGUUCCCGAGUUUGCUCAGCCUAGAAGAGAGAAAGAGCAAGAGCCCGAUUCUUCGGCAGCUGGCGGUAAAGGUGCAGGAAGUAGUAGCAGUGCUAGAAGUAAGAGGACAUCAAAGACUCACAUGACGGCCCUUGGUGCAAGUCGAAAACGACAGAGAAGAUCACCAGGGACGGGCAAAAAUCCAGAAGCCCGUUUUGAUUUCUCUUUGUCUAUAGCAGCGAUGAAUCUCCGAGAACUCCUCGAAUCUGGUGGCGCUGAGCACGACCCUGGCGCCCUCGAUCAUGGCACUGUCGAUCACGAUCAUGGACGAGCACAGGCUAUAAUUGUGGAAAUCGACAACGAAGAAGAACUUGCAGAUAUUCUUGACGAAGAUCAGGAUGAAGAUCCUGUAGAUCUCUACUCCUGCUGCAGUUACUUCGACAAUUCUUGGUCGUCGAUGGCAGAUCUACCAAGCAUAGAGUUUGCUGACGAACAUGAUACGCGUAUCGUGACCAGAGGUUCUCGUGGUUUUCCUCGCUUUUUGGAUGAAGAUGGUGAAGAAGAUGUUGCUGCUGAGGAGGUGCAGGAGGAUGGUGAUGCUUCAUUGACGUUCUUGUCUGACGACGAAGAAGGAGACACUCUUCGUGAUAAGAGUGCCACGUCGCGGCCGUUCUCACACCAACUAAACAACGCAGGAGCAAGUCUCGAACACCCCCGCACAACAUUAGCAGAACGACGACAAGACGCUGCCUGCAACUUUGAGGAGUUUGAAAUAGACGAAAAAAUGAUGUCUGAGCGAUCCACUAGUAGUUCAUCCUCGACGAGUUACCUUCUACAGAAUCUUAAUGACAAGUUGCAAACAGCCGGCUGCGGACUCACUACUGUACUAGAAACACGGGAGAAUGAGAGAACCCAGCAAGAAGAACUUCUUGGGAAACUACAAGCCGGUGACGGGAGGGCGUUAACAACGGGCUCAGACCUUGAUAGCAGUGCUUACGGCUACAGCUACUUACGUAUGUAGAGGAAAAACGCAAUCUGAGAUCGCCAAUCUCGAGGUCUACUUUCUGGUGUCGGUGACGCCCUACUGUGCUUGUUUUUACGAUGGAAUGAUAGUAACAUAUUUUUUUGCGACUUUCAUUCUCCGAGUAGAAAAAAACGUUGAUGUAGUUGAUCCUUUAGCAUCAGCCCACUCCUCGUCCUCGUCUAAUAAUUCACUGCCGCAUUAUACCAAAACAAAGUACAAGCCGUUCGACAACUGGAGAAAGAAUAUCGUCUUUUCAAGGCGGAAGUGGACAAGCUCCAGAGCGAAAUUUCGGCAAAGCUUCCUCCCGACCCUGACAUCGCAUUACCAAGGCUGAGGAAAAACAUAUGCAGAUUGUCACAGGAGUCUGACAAACUACAGGUGCAUUGCGGUCUGGCUACAGCAAUGUCCUGGUUGAAGAGUGGUGGGAUCGCGUAGAGUGAAGAUGUAUGAAGUAAAACAAUUCGAUGAAAAUUUGAAAUGGGUCAUCCUACUCAUGCGCAUGAUCAAGGAUUUCGUUAUCAUUUUUAUUAUGAACAUGAAGAUCACAAAAACAAAAACAAUUAUUAGUUUCUAGUAGAAGUAGAAGUACAAAAAUCUGAAACAAGCUAUGCAUCAAUAUGAGCUAUAGACAGACGAGACGUAGAAAUUAAAAACAUAACGCAAACGCGAUAAAAACUAAUCCACCUUCUAUUGUUUGUAACUACUCAAAGACAAAGAAAUCUGAUGUUUCGCUCUGUCAUUUUCUUCGUUCUUUCCUUUUCCAUCGUGAUUCAGAUUCUGAUAUUAGCUCUUUGUUAUUCACUCGUUUCGACAGACACUCAAGAACAAGAUUCGACCAACCUAUGCUUAUCGUUAUCCCUAAAUAAGUUUUUAAUUUUUCAAGUUUCGUUUUUCUCAACACAGUUACGAGAAAGCCAUUCCCAAUCGUCAGGUUCAAAUAUAAUGACUUUAAUGACGAGGUGCUGCUGACUCUAUCUUCAUGACCAGGUCACGUAAGCCUUGUCUGUCGUUAUGUUUUUGCUCUGUUUUCUUUUCAUGAUUUUCCCCCAGAGUGAGAGUCGUUGUCGUGCUGGUACCCAAAACGAAAUAUAUGGUGAUGUUGAAGAAAAUGAUGAGUACUAAUUUCAUCUACGGUUUCGUUCGGUUUCGUAGUCAUUCUUUUCAGGUGCACAGAUUUUCUUUUCCACUAGGUUCGGCCAUUAGUCGCAUUGACAUGCUACAGCUACCAAGGUUAAUUAUGGUACUUCUAGGUUUUUCAUUUCAACAACCAUUCAUUUUUGUCCUCAAGAACUCUAAGUUCCGACGAGGUUCUCGUCUCUGACAAAAUCAGGGACAAAUAUGCCUCAUAUUGCUACGAGAGCAGUAGCUAAUGUUGUGGUCCAUCAUGAGUGUGGGCGAGAUCUAAGGAGGAAGAAAAAGAACUUCAAAGAGCAUUGACAUCUUGGUGUCACAACUAGCACCAUCCCUGAUCCAUGCGACGAUCCAUUCGCCGGACAUCAUCAAGUUCCACACUCACAGGAGUAUCCUUAAGAUCCUCAGAAAUAUGAAGAGAACUAGAAGAUCUCGAAGAUGUAAGGGAAAACUCAAAAAAGAAUCGAAGCCCAUGAGGCUGAGCUACCUGGGGCACGUGGUAAGGUAUUCGGAAGGGCGACGGGUGGGGAGAAUGCUAAAAGCGACGCAAAAGAGAUUCAGAGAAGAAGUCGCAGGCUCAACCCGAACCGACUAACAUCAUCAUCAUCAUCAUCAUCAUCAUCAUCAUCACCAUCGUCAUCAUCAUCAUCAUCAUCAUCAUCAUCAUCAUCAGGAAGAGAGCUCGAAGAUCUAAGGGAAAGCUCAACAGCGUCACGGGUACACCAGUUAUUGCAGGACACUGAAGAAAUCUAUCCACUAUUCAUCCAAACAAACGCAGCUUGUUGAGCUAAGACUCGAGACAAAGAUUAAGAUUUUCUUUCCAAUCUUUCCCUUGACGUCUUCGAUUCCAAACUGCUAUCCUCCUUCUAAUCCUCAUCAUUUAGUUUGAAAUUCUUCAAGAAGAAGAACGAAAAGACAACAACACUUUAAUCGAAUUGAAGGUAUUUACUCUUUAAUCGAAUUGAAGAUUUUUGACAAUAAGAUCUUUUUCUUUGCACAUUAUCUUCUGAUCCGGAGGUAGUUCGAUUCUCAUUUCAGCCAAGACUAACAGUUUUUAUCUCAGAGUCAAAACUAAAUAACCUUAUCCUCACUGCUAUUCUAUCAAAUCUGGAUGUUGUCCGGCAAUGUCCAAACCCAAACGUAAGUAAUUAAGAUUUAAUAUAUGAAAUUUCAAUGCAUACAAUCCAAAUCACUAGUGGAUGCAUAGCAUGAACAAGGGUGAAGCUUAACAGGGCUAAGAGUUUUUCCUAGGCUUUAAUUAAACUGUUGCAAUUUAACAAACAACGAAUGAGGCGAUUCACUUACUUGAAUUGAUGUUGUGGUGCGUUGAUCACAAAGAAAAUGCUAUCAGCAAAAGCGUUUUCUUUGUAUGCUGAUUAUUUUUUGGGAUUGGAAAGAAACAAAGAGGCAGAGGACCUGGAAGGAUGCGAUCGAUAAGAGAAAGGUCCGUCGAACGUCAGAACAGAAGCAAUUCCUUGCAUACUGUGUUGUUUACUGCGGCGAGACUCUAUCAUAAUCCCUGCUGAUCCGGUGCUUCAUGCGCAGGGCUGAGGCGGGAACCCCUCUAAAUCUAAAUCUACGCAACAAAAAGAAUUUCUAACGUAGACUGCAUUGUGGAUUGUGCACUCAGAUUCACUGACUUGAAUGCACAACAACUCAAGGCCCAAAGGGACGCAUUGACUAGCUGUUCACUGAUGACCGAAUGAAAAAAC